AUUGAUUUUUGCUAUGUUCAAAAUGAAUUAUGAUUCAUGAAUAGAAAUAAAAAUAGGACUACUUUUCUGUAUGUGAAAAAUGGUGGAAUAGGAAUAUUGGAGUGAUGAUGAUGGAGACUUUGUGGCAGUCAUCUAAAGCAACAGGCUAACUAUGGCGGAUACAAUUCUAAACGUUGGAUUAAUCCUUACUUGUAACAAAUGUAGGGGGAUAAUAUAAAGCCUUGGAGAUAUAAUGGCCUGGAUGGUUAUCCACAUUUCUGUAAUAUAUGUGUUGUGUUUUGGAUUUUCCUUAGGUUUAGAAAUUUACUUCAAUAAUCCAAGUGAUGGAUACUUCCUAAAACCAGUAUAUCAUAAGAAACAGUCCUGGGACCCUCUGACACGGAAGGAGGAUUUUAUUGUCACCAGACCAUCAGAGGGUUAUGUGCUGGGAGUAAAGAGUGGUCCCUAUGAAAAGGAACAAGUGAUUCCCCAAGAUAUAUCCAACAUCUAUCCAAAUCUUGAUCAUGUAGACAAACCCAUACAUCAUGGAACUGUGUUUGGGAGGGAUGUUUCUGCAAAGAUAGUUACAAGUAGCCUUUCUCAAAAAUAUUCCAGGCUUCAAGUUCUGAUUCAUGCAAGUCCCCAUAAAAACAGCAAGAAGCAGGAACACCUGGUCAAAGGAAGGACUACUGAUUCAUCUCACAUUACAGACGAAGGACUGUGUGGUCAUGUGUUCGUUCAACACGAAAAAGAGGAAUUGUCCUCUAUUUGUGUCCUUGGGGCUGGCGACAGUGCAUGUGUUAAUGGUAUAACGCUACCCUCAGCAUGGUGGUAUGACAAUUCUACAGUACAGGUGUACUAUGCGUUUUCACAGAAGGGUGAAAACCAAGAGUGUGCAAGUGCAUCCAACUCUAUUGUGCCGGGACGGUUGUUUGAGAAACCUGUUAUGAGCAGUAGGAGGUUUCUAGCAAGCACUACAUUGUCUAAAGAUUUGAAAAGUUUUCACAGAGAGAGGGAAGAUGACAUAUUGAUUGAUGUUCCAACCAGUGCCCUGGAUCCUGGCACUGUGUUUCAAGUCCCAGUGAAAUUUGAUGCAGGGUCGGACAUGAGAAAUCUCGUAAUGAGUGCUCGGGUGAGACAGGGUUUAAUGAUUAUUGGAGCUGAGGCAGAUCGAGACAGUCCAUGGCAGGUUUAUGUGGAUGUAGACGAAAACAGCAAGGCAGCUACUGUAACAGCCUAUCUCAAAGAUCCACAGAGCUAUAGAAUAUCUAAUGUAGUUCAGGAUGUUUUUGCGUGGCAGUUGCAAGUUGAGUCUUCAGUCAGAAAUAGGGAGGCGGGAAGGGUGGUUUGGAACAUCAAAUAUGAGAAGGACAGUAGAGGAGAGAGAUAUUUUUCUUCAGAUAGCCAAGUGAUAUCAAAGAUUAACCUCAGGGGCAAAGGAAAUGAAAAGCUGGUCACUCUUAUCAAGGUGGAUGAGAUUUUGAACUUUGCAAUGUUGACGGGUAAAAUACAGGCCUAUCCUCUACAUGUUUAUCUGGUGAGAGACUCUGAUACUUUAGUCAGUGCUCUUGGACAUGCUGCGUGCCACUCAAAAGAAACAGAUGUUCUCAAGGUGGAACCUGACUGUUCAUACAUUUAUGUAAAUGGUUCAGAGAGUCGGGGAUCCCACAAUGUGACCAUUAUCACCAAGUCAGGCCAGCACACAGCUUUUACCAAUGUCAGGGUGUGGAUACCAAUGAAUCCUCUAGAUAUUCAAAUUUCUGAUAGUAAACUCAGCAGAAUUCGUUCCUGGAAAGUUGGCUCACUCAAGAACAAGUGGAGAUCAAGGCAUAAACGAGUGGUGGAUUUGGGUAUGCUGACUCAUACUCAUCCAAGCGUCCUUCUCGGUAAAAAAUAUAAACAGUACGGCAAAAGUUGUCAGUUACGGCUGCAGCAGGCCUUGGUGGAUGUGUACGCUAAAUUUUACAUAGCCACUCCAGCUGGCUAUAACUACUUUGUCAACAGACAGGCUUCCCUGAAGAUCACAGACCUUCUACAGCAUCAGCUACGUGUUGCAGAUCCAAGAAUUAUUAGUUUGAAGGACAAAAUUCUUCAGGGCCAGAGUCCUGGACUGACUGAAGUCCAGGUAAUAUCUGCCAAUGGGAGAGUGUUAGCAGCUAGAGUUGUUCGUGUAGGAAAUGAUAAAGUCCAGAUAGAGCGGCUUAUUGUCAAUCUUGUGACUGGAAUCAGUCUUGAUGUCUAUCCCUCUAAAGAAGUCCCAGGGGCCUGGUCAGCAAGAGGUCAUAUAUACAGCAAAUUCCAAACCCAGUGGCAGAGUGGAAUUUUGGACAUACAUAUUGAGUUUAGUGAUGGUACACGAUUCCCAUUAAACAAAGUGUCAGAUGCAGAUUUCUACCUGGAGGUGGAAAACAGAAAUCAAAUCUUAAUUAAAGUUGUUGGAAAUUUUGUCAGUAACCUUUCCAACAUCAAAGUGUAUGCAGUUUCAGAGGGCAGAUCAGAAUCUAUCAAAGUGUCUUUGAAACAAGGGGAAAGUUGUCCAAAGAAAAAAAUGCCAACCCUUUCCUCAGGAUAUGUAAUAACAGAGGCAGAUUUUUCACAUGCCAACCAGGUUCAGAGUGACCGAUUGUUCAGUGAUGGUCAUUAUGGAGACAAUAGAGCCAGUGACAGAUAUGACAAUUUCUAUAUGCCAAAGAAACCUCAAGAUCUAGAUAAACUUGUUAAACAUCAACGAAGCCACGUAGAUCAAGAUGGAAAGAGCAAGAAAUUAUCUCAUACUAAUCCAAACUCACAAACACUAGUUGUUUUAAAUGAACUGGAGAAAGAUCUUGCUAAAAGUAAUCCACAGAUUCAGGAUGUUUCUAGCCUCAACUCUCAAACAAAGAAAGAACUGUUACAGAGUCCAAACCAUUCAAAAUUAACUCCCUUGGAGAUUGGCAUGUAUGUGCUGAUUGCUGUGUUCUGUGUUGGCAUUUCUGUAUUUCUCAUAAACUGUAUAGUUUUCAUGGUGAGACACAAAAAGAAGAGAAAAAUCCACAAGAGAAGUCACAAAGACCCAGUAUACCAGGCAAAGGAUUGGGUGUGGAUUGGCAGGGCCACCUUAGAACGCAGCUCUGUGAAGACCGAAUGUUCCCAGUCCCUGAUGCCUGCAGAGGAUUUCAACGGAAACCACACAAGUCAUUUACGCUCAACAUCCAGUCAGAGCAGAUCCUCCUCAAGCCGUGGAAAUAGUGCCAAUAGCAGUAAUCGUAACAGCUUCGUAUCAACAAUCAAAGGAUCGGAGUGCAGCAUCCGCAUCACGGCGAACCCUCUGUCAGACGACACCAGCAGUAAUGGCCAUCGUAACAGUGAGACUGCCAGUCAGGCAUCUAAUGCAGUCCCACAGGAGAAGUGGGACUACGAGGCAAUGGGACUGUCUUUUGAUCAGUUGGCUGAUUAUUUUGACAAUUUGAAAGAGUCUUCAGCGUAAGGAGUAGUAUUAGGUCCUGUACACACACCUGUGCUACCUGUUUAUUUAUGACCUGUACUUAUACAUAUGUGAUAUUCAUUUAUUUAAAAGAAACCCAAACUUACAUUGGCAUUGGUAUGAUUUUUUUAUCAUUUCUUUAGAGUUUAUUGUUUCUAUUGAUAUAUUCUUGUUUAUCAUGUUUAUAUAUACAUUUACAUUGAAUUGUUUUUAUGGAUUUUUUUUUAAAUAUCCCACCUGCUAUUUGUAUUUAAAGUAAGUUUAUACUGUCGUUGUUUUACGAAUUUGUUUACACUCUUCAAAAAAAUACAACAGGCACUAAUGAAAUGUUAACUUGCAAUAUGCUUGCCAUAUUUGUAUUUCUGAGCAAAGUCAGUAGAAAGUGUGCACCACUAGACACUUCCCCAGAGACUAUGAUAUUAAUGUUGUGUUUAUGUAAGAUAAACUGCUACGUAUUUAUUAUCAAAUAAACAAAAACAGGUUACCCAAUUGACAAUAACCCUUUUAAGAAUGUUGAAUACACAACUUCCAUUAUUUGUAAAUGCUAUAUAUGAUGGAAUAGAGGUUAGACAUUUCAUUUAUCCAAGUCACUUGUAUGCUAAUUAUAGCAAUGUAUUGUGUUCAGCUAGAAUCUCUGUUUAGAAAUGACAGUUUAUGUCCCACUUUAUAUAGUUUUAGUAGUUGUAGCUACUUAGCUUGUUUCAGAUGGUGCAUUUUACAAAUUUUCAAGUUAGAUACAUGAAGAGUCUGAUAUAAUUGAUGUACAACAUGGACUGGAAACCAAAAAAAAAAAAAUGAUUUAGCAUCAGACCUUGAAAGUUUUACGCAGUCUUAGCAUAUUUUCUUUGUUAUUGAACAAUUGUGGUGUUCAGUGACAUGUGAUUAUCUUGGUUGUUAUAGUAAUUCAUACAUGUUCAAGAAUUAUUAUUGGACAAGGAUUGAUCAACUCCAUAAUGCAAUGAUGAUUUUGUUGGUGCUUCUGUAAAUGCUGGAAUCUCAGUGUUUUUUCCUCGUACUUUUUUUUUCUACAAUUAGGUACAAAGAAGAAAUCAUGACUGAAUGAAUGGACAGUAUGCAAUACAUUUCAUUCGGAAUACAUUUUAUUUUCCCCCCUUUCCAAAAUCCUAAAAGACAAAUAAUUUGUUUUUAACUGUGAUAAGUUCAGAUAUUUAUCUUUUCAAUCUUGAUUUAAAGUACAACCACGGAUGUUGUGAAAAAUCACUAAAGCUUUACAUAUGAAUGUUAAUAUCAGAAAACGUUAUGUCGGGUAUGUAAUGUGUGAUUUUCAUUGUUUUCAGAAUAGUAGAAUUGGUUGUUAAUUUUCCUUAUUGUGAAUUAAUUUACAAUUAAACAAUUACACCCAUUAA